ACGCAUUUCGUCGUGUCUCUCUUAAAAAAUCACGUAAAUCAAUAGGAUAAUCGAUUAAAAUAUUGAAUCGCUGUAAAUCGUGUGCAUUAUUGUCUAGUCCGUAUAACAUGUUGAUGAAACGCUUCUUGUUGUGAAAUUAAUUAAAUAUUUACGUGCUUCAUUAAUUUUAAUUAGAAUAGUGAAGACUGCUGUGUAAUUGGAGCGAAGAGGGUUGGAUUUUGAAGAGCUAGUGACUAUUUUUCUUGACUUUGGAUUGUGAAAAGUGAGUUUUAUGCAACAAAUUGUCGUGUUAUGGUGUACUAGGACUGUCAACAGCAUUAGGAAUGCUUGAGGACUCAAAAAAGAUGAAAAAAUGUGGCCUCCAGAGGCAGUACAUAGUUUGGAAAGGUUUUGUACAUAUGGAAAUGUGAAUUAUAGACAACGACGAUCUCAGCCAUUAAAAAUAUCCUGCCUCAAAACGACCCCUCCACCAGAAGAAGAUAACAGAGGAGGGUGUGCGGCAAGUGUCGGCGAAGGAAGUUUUUAUCUCCCAAUGAACAUGCAAGGAUUUGUUAAGCAACAAACGGCACCGCACGGACCGCCGUAUGCGCCGCAUCCUUCGCUUAGUUCCGGGCUGGGUGGCGGGCUUUCCGGGAUGCCCAUGCCCGCGCUAGGCUUCGGUCUGGGACACCCUCUGGAGUCUGUUCCCUUCCCGCAAGUUUAUUCAUAUUUUGCAGGCGUCAACCCCAGAAAACAACGACGAGAAAGAACGACAUUCACCAGAGCACAACUUGACCUUCUAGAAGGACUCUUUGCGAAAACACGCUACCCGGACAUCUUCAUGCGAGAAGAAGUCGCCGUCAAGAUCAAUCUCCCCGAGUCCAGAGUGCAGGUCUGGUUCAAGAAUCGACGCGCUAAGUGCCGGCAGCAGCUUCAGCAGCAACAGAACAAGAACGCCUCGAGAACGACGACGUCUCCGACGAAAGUUAAGGCCAGUAAGGCUUCACCAGCGACCACUCCCAGGACUGUGCCCACGCCGACGGGGAUACCGACGCCGUCCACUUCGGCGUCGCCUCCGACGGUGAAUAUCAAGAAGGAGUCUCCCCAGAUGCAGAGCUACAGACCCACAGGAAACAUCACACCCCAUGGGAGCAACACCUCGAGUCUUAUCACGACGCCGUCGCCGUCAGCGUCGCCUUUAGCCUACCAGCACGAGUACAACUCGUUUAACUGGACGACCAAUGGACAUGGUCACAACACCUCUUCCCAUAACUAUUAUGCCCAAAAUUAUGCGCCCACGUAUUAUGGGCAAAUGCAACCCGAUUAUCUCAAUUCGCAGACCACCCAGAACCAUAUGCAAGCCAUGAACAAUAUGGCUGGGACGUACCAAAUGACUGGAUAUAGUGCCAUGGGAAUGGCAGCUCCACACCACCAAAAUUUUGGACCAAGGCAUCCUCCCGACUGCAGUAUGGAGUUCGCGAAUAUGGCUUAAUUACCUCAAGUACAAAUCUAAGACUUUUAAGUGUACAUAUCAUCGAAAGACGCAAUAAUUAUGUGAGUGUGCAUGUGUAAUUAAAAUUGUAUAUUUCGAAUGCGAAAAAGGCACUACAUUAAAAAUUUCCAAGGAUAAUUUGUAAAUAACAGUUUAUUUCGUCCAUGGGUUAAGCGGACUAUAACCCAAUUGGUUGUAUUAUAAUUUUUGUAGGUCGUAGCUAUAUAAUUUUGUUUGAUAUCAGGAUCACUGAUAACUUGCAGUUUAUGUUGUACUUAGAUUAAAAGUAGCUUUAUAAAACGUAAAAAUACUCAAUUGCCUAAAUUUUGGGUGAAAUGGCGUUAGUCAUUUAAAUAAGAUUCUCGUUCACAUUAAAUGAUAAUGGUAAUAUGAAAAACUAAUGCGAUUUUACUCACGUCCGAAUAUGUUUUGGCAAUCGUAUAAAUAUUUUAUUUGUAAGACAUUGUUUGCUUUGACCGCCACAUAUUUAUUUGACAAAGUAUACAUCAUACGUAUACCUAUACGUUUUUAUUUUUGGAUUAAAUUUUCUAAUUUCCAACCCUCUUGCUGUAAAUUUAAAAGCAACUUACAGAUAAAAUGUUUAACUGAUCAUGUUAAAACCAAAACAUUAUUGGUGAAUUCUUUGGGUUAAUUCAGUCAGAUUGUUUUAAAUUUUAUAACGCUUUAUACUAUUUUUUGUAAUAUUAUGUACAACUCUAUAAGUCUUUGUCGUAAAAACAAACUAAAUUUUGUGUAUGCAGUUUAAAUCUUACUUUGAAACUACUUGAAAUAAAUAAG